AUACUGGCGCUUGUUGUCCGAGUUGCGUUCCUCCAAGCUCAGGUAACGAAUACAUUUACAUUUUAUAACUAACGACUCGUGUCUGUUCAAAAUGUCACUUUGGUGAAGAAAACACAGUUAACUGUUGCUGACACGAGGGUUACAGUAUUACCUGAAGAGGAGCAACAAUGGCAAAAGAUGUAUGCAGUCAUGUAAAGGUGGUUGUCCGUGUGAGGCCAGAAAAUGAUCGCGAGAAGCGUGAAAAUUUUAGGAAUGUAAUCCAGGUGGUUGAUAACCACAUGCUGAUUUUUGACCCCAAAGAAGAGGACAUAUCUUGUUUUGGGUCACAAAGAGUGAGAAACAGGAACAUUAAUAAGAGAGCCAACAAAGACCUUAAGUUUGUUUUUGACCAUGUGUUUGGUGAGAACUCCACUCAAGAUGACAUCUUUGAGAACACUACUAAAGGAGUUCUGGAUGGCGUGAUGAAUGGAUUUAACUGCACAGUGUUUGCCUAUGGUGCUACUGGAGCAGGAAAGACACAUACCAUGUUAGGUUCCCAAAAUGACCCUGGAGUUAUGUACCGCACCAUGAAAGAACUGUUCCAACGCAUGGAAGAUGUCAAGGAGGAAAAGGAGUUUGCUGUUGCAUUCUCAUAUCUUGAGGUUUACAAUGAGCAAAUCAGAGACUUGUUGGCCAAUGUGGGUCCACUUGCAGUGCGAGAGGACAGCUCAAAAGGAGUGGUUAUUCAGGGCCUUACGCUGCAUCAGCCCAAAUCUGCAGAGCAUAUUCUUGAGGCUUUGGAUUCUGGCAAUCGGAACAGGACACAGCACCCCACUGAUAUGAAUGCCACUUCCUCUAGGUCCCAUGCUGUAUUUCAGAUAUAUUUAAGGCAGCAAGACAAAACAGCCAGUCUCAAUCCUAAUGUCUGUAUUGCCAAAAUGAGCCUGAUCGAUCUGGCUGGCUCUGAGAGAGCCAGUGCCACCAACGCCAAAGGAGCACGUUUACGGGAGGGAGCUAACAUAAAUCGCUCGCUCCUUGCCCUUGGAAAUGUUAUCAAUGCCCUUGCUGACCCUAAGAGUAAAAAAGCCCAUAUACCAUACAGGGACAGCAAGCUGACGCGGAUUCUUAAAGACUCCCUCGGAGGCAACUGCAGGACUGUUAUGAUUGCCAAUGUCAGCCCAUCUUCCAAGUCAUUUGAUGACACCCACAACACACUGAAGUAUGCAAACAGGGCCAAGGAGAUAAAGUCCUCGCUGAAGAGUAAUGUUGUAAGCUUGGACAGUCACAUUGGCCAGUAUGCAGUGAUAUGUGAGAAACAACGGCAAGAGAUUCUACAAUUGAAGCAGAAACUGAAACAGUAUGAAGAGAGGAAUAUAACGUCUGGGACUUCUAGCGUGAUCUCGUCCCAAAAACAAGCAGAGUUCAAAAGGGUGUCAGAAGCUCUGCAGAGAAUCUUUUCUAGCCGGGCCCAAAUCAGGAAGGAACAGCUGGAUCUGGAGAGACAACUGAAGGAGAAUGAGCUGCGCCAGCGCUACAGUGAGGAGGACAACCUGCAGGUCCAAUAUUUCUGUGCCAAAGAAAAGACUGAGAAGGCCACUUGCAAGCAUGAGCGUAAGAUCGCCAGCUUACGUACUCAACAACAGCAUAUUUGCAAACGUUUGAGGGACAUUGAAACACGUUUCCUGGACAAUGAUGGCUGCCUCCAUCGGGUUGAGAAUGAGAUGAAGUUGUUAAAAUCAAAUAACCAUGACUCAGAGGUGUUAGAGAAGGACCUACAUUGCCACAGACUGGAGCUGCAGGUGAACGAUCUCAAACAACACAUCAAGCAGAUGGUCGAGCUCACUGCACUGCAGGAUCAAGAGAACAAGCGCAUGCAGAAAAUGGUGAACAUCCUCUUGCCUGCUUAUAGUCGGCAUUAUUCGUCAUUGCGUGCAGCAGGACUGGUCAGGCGGGCAGAUGAAUUGGAGAACCAUGAACUAGAACACCUGGUGCUGAGGGAGAGGGGCGUGGUCUGGGCAGACCUGGAAGGGGCGGGGCAACCGCUGAAAGGUGAAGGAAAUGUGAAGGAAACACAGGAGAUAAAUGAGGCGGGAAGCAUUGGUUUCCGCAGCGAGUUGGCGCCCAUCUUGUCUUUCUCACAUUUGCACUACCACCAGAGCAGCCCCUGCAGUGCAGAUGCUCGCACAAACAGAACAUCACUGUGCAACGCUGCGCCGUCACCAAAAGGUCGAGUAAAUCAGACGGACAUGAAAAAAGAGGCAGCUCCCAAAAUGCCCACCAGAAGAAAUCUGUCAGAGUCGCUGCCACCCCAGAGUUCCACAGCCACCACCUCACACACACCGGCUUUUGAGGACGGUAUCGUUCCUCUGCAGUGCACUCCACAACCCAUUCAGAAAUCCUCCCGGACCCUAAGCUCCUCCGACUCCAUGGACCCCAACAUGACUUUUGAAGUUGUAGAUGGCGAUGAUCAAACUGUCGCCAAUGCAACCAUCAUAAUUGGCAGCACCAGUCCCUGUCAAGCAUCAAAAUCUGUGAACUUCUCAGGUCUGAGCCAAUCACUCCAUCCACCCAAGGCCAACGCAGUGAAAAGACAACAGAUCUCUUCAUUACAAGAAGUAAGACGAGCCAACCCCACCUACAUGGACAUGACAUCGUCUGCCCAAGGAAAACGAAAAUUUAACCACAGCAUCAGAGAAGAGAUAACGCAGGGCCUUUCUGCACCAAAGCGUAUAAAGAAAGACCCCUCAGUGGUCCGAAAACCUCUCAGAGUGCAUCGUUUUACUGGUUCAGAGGAGAACAGGCCUCGGAGAGUUGUGAGGAGUAUUUCUGAAGGAAACCUCAACCUCCUCGAACCUCAGAAAUCUAAAUCCAUUUUCUAUAAAACUUCUCAAAAGUUCAAGCAAGUCACCAAGCGGAUGUAAAGGAAUAAAAUCACAUUGUUGGACAUUUGACAUGCCACUGCUUUUCGUCCAAAUUCAUCUUUUAAACAGAAGUUUCUCAAAUGUCUCUGAAUAAAACACAGUUAUGUAAUUUUCAUUAAGCCUUACACUGCAUUGUACUUGACUGUAAAUACAUAUUUUUUUAUAGUUAUUAUUUUAGAUUAUUUUGAUUUUGUAAGUUUAGCACAGAUCAUCUCUAAUCCUACCUUCAGAUAUUAAAUAGAUUUGAAAACACUCAUUUUACACAUUAACAGCAAGAAGAAAAGAUGUCCUGUGGAUAUUGUGUUUAUGUACAUCACUGUCCACUAUGUAAAUUGAACUAUUCUCUCAAACAGUGAUUAGUUUGGUAGGUGAUCACAUUUCCCUAGGGCAGCUACUAUCAGAUGGAGGUUUGAGAAAA